AUGUAUUUAAGUUCAACUAUGUUUUUUGAUUUGUCAGCGUUAAUGCAACUUCAAGUGAAAUAUUUGAUCGUAGGUAUCGGAGGUGGUUGGUGCAGCUCCGGAUCUACAAUUGAAUUGACACUAUUGUGA